UUGUAUGAGUUUACAUGUUAAGAAAGCUAAGUAAAGAAAUACGACAAAGUAAAAAAAUAUGGAGACGGAAAAGAAUGCAGUCCUCCACAAAUACAGGCGUUCAAUAAUAUCCACAUAAAAUCGCUUUUGGUUAUACAAAUUAUAUAUGUGUAUUCUGUGUAUGACAUGGGACAGUUAUUAACGGAUAAAAAGGACAAAAGGUGGCUCAAAGAAAGUCUCAUCCCAAGUACUCUCUCGUCUAGACCUACUGUGUGACCAGAGCGCACUGAGCAAGGACGCGAAGCCUAUCACCAAGUCCAUGCCGGAUUUCCAUACCCGUGGACGCACAGACUAUUUGUUGGCACUCUGCCACGCCCUCAGCGAUCGGCACGAAUAGUAAUUCAUUAUCGUCUGCCAUUAUUAUCCCGACAUGCGCAAUCUGCACAAUGGCAUCAACGUCUCGCUAAUAUCCGAUAUUCACUGACCCUACACUCUGUUGCGGAGAGCGCUCGCCUGAUGUCGAUGCAUCCACGGAGAGCAGCGCUCCAGCGCAGAAAACCAACAGCAUGUCACGCCGAAAGCAAGCGAAGCCGCAGCACCUUACGUCGGAAAAGACAGCGCUCACUCCAGUUUCCUCAGAUGAAGGCCUCUUGAGAGGAUCGGAUCAAGAGAACAGAGAGAACUACAGUGGAGGCGAAAGGACACACGCCUCUGAGAGUUCCUCAGUGGAGUUACCUGCUUGGCCGCACCUGUUUGAGCAUUGCGUAACAGUCACAGGAGAGUCUGCUACCCUCGUCAUGCAAGAGGACAUGGAAACACCUGUGUCCUUGGAACCCCCACCACAGAUUUCAGUCAGCUUCACCAAUCAGUCAAACAACAUGGAACCAAAAUGGACUGAACAGGCCCAGCAGAGCUCAGUGGACCCUGUGCAGAGCGCUAAUGGAAAGGCUGAGGACCACAUGGGUGUGGUUCUGGAAUCAGAACCUCAAAUGUACCCAGAAACACAGAAGUCUCCAUAUUUGUCAGUAACCAAGGUGGCCGGUGCUCUAGUUCAGUCACCGUCCAACAUGGCACGCUGCGGCAUUCCCAGCUCCAAUGUAACUCUGGAGAUCCUGCAAAGCACCAGCGUGGCUGUGGCCCAGUUCUCCCAGAGUGUCCACUCCGAGAGUCUCAGUGGAGGGGAGGGUGCUGCCCCACUCCCUAUGAUUUUGGAUCGCUUGUUGGACCUGCAGCAGCAGCAGAUCCAACAGCUGCAGCUAAUCGAACAGAUCCGCAAUCAAGUGGCCAUGUUAAACAAGGAGCCUAUGCAGGUGGCACGGAAUCUGACCUGUAAAGGAUUGUCCUCAGCAUCUGGUCCUCACCAGUUGCAGGCAGUGCUCACCCAGCCUGUAUUCCCCCUCCUGGGACUGCUGCCCCCCACUGUAAAUGGACAAGUGUCUGGGGUGGAGGCAGUUGCUUCAUCACUGUCUUUACAUCCUAACUCUGGACAAUCUGCCAUCAGAUCCAUGGUCUCAUUGCCCAGUUCUAACCACUUGUCCUCUGUUCUAAGUAUGGCCUCAUCUGCAAUGCCCCCAUACAGUGGUAGCACGACACCCGUCACUGGAAAUCAGCCAAACAGCUCUGCAGGUGUGCACUCUGUGGAACCAAACAAUGUCCAGAAUAGUUAUAAGUCGUCCAGUCUUCCACUGCUCCCUCCAAGCCCACCUGGAGGCAUUAUUUUCCCCAACCCCUUGGCUAGCAUAAUGGCCACAACCAAUGCACUGGAUCCCCUGAGUGCUCUUAUGAAGCAGCGAAAAGGCAAGCUCUCUAAUGUCUCUAUAUUCGAUAGCAAGCCAAGCUCAGAUGACUCUUUCUUCAAGCACCGGUGUAGGUUCUGUGCCAAGGUGUUUGGCAGCGACAGUGCUCUGCAGAUCCACCUGCGCUCCCACACAGGGGAGAGGCCUUUCAAAUGCAACAUAUGUGGCAACCGCUUUUCAACCAAGGGAAACCUAAAAGUCCACUUUCAGAGGCACAAAGAGAAAUACCCGAAUGUUCAGAUGAACCCUUACCCUGUGCCCGAGUACUUGGACAACAUACCCACGAGCACCGGGAUUCCUUAUGGGAUGUCUUUUCUUCCAGACAAAGCAGUAACCACAUGGCUGGACAGUAAACCUUUAAUAUCAUCUGGCCAAGCUUCUGCUGGUCUCCAUCUGCCCCCAACUUUUAAUGGUACGGAAAGGUCCACUGAUUCUCUGAGUAAUGCUUCCUCAGCAGGAUCUCCUCCAAAAGCCUGCAGUGCCCCAAGUGAAUGUACGUCUUUGUCUCCUAAUCCUGUUGAGCCCAGGAAACCUGGGGAUACGGUGUCCACACCAUGUAGUCAGGUAGGAGAGGUUUCCUCAUGCUACUUGACUGGGGCAGGGGAAAGAUUUACCUCUCAGAAUGAUCUCCCAACACAUAUUUCAAAUGCUGGCAUGACUAUAGUGUCUCUGGAAUCUUUCUCCAUCCAAUCCACUUCACCUAAGUCUUCUUCACAAUCCUACAACUCAGAUCAGACAUACAGCAAACCUCAACUGGAUAUGGGUCCCAUGGAAACCUCAGAGACCUCCAAACUGCAGCAGAUGGUGGAAAACAUAGAUAAAAACACGACGGAAUCCAAUGAGUGUGUGAUAUGCCACAGGGUACUCAGCUGUCACAGCGCUCUGAAGAUGCACUACCGCAUUCACACAGGCGAGAGACCGUUCAAGUGUAAAGUGUGUGGUCGAGCAUUCUCCACCAAAGGAAACCUGAAGACCCACUUCGGGGUCCACCGUGCCAAACCUCCUCUCUGGGUCCAGCAUUCCUGUCCAAUAUGCCAGAAAAAGUUCACAAAUGCUGUUGUACUGCAGCAGCAUAUACGCUUGCACAUGGUGGGGCAUAUACCUAAUGUGCCCCCAACAGAUGCCCUCCAAGAAAUGGAUACAGAUCUUUCUUUGGAUGAGAACAGCUUUGACAGCAUGAAUAAUUAUGAUGAGGAUGGCCAAGAUUAUGACUCCAUUGAGGUAGAGGAUGAAAACAGCGAGGGUGGAAGUCUUGAUAUACAUGUAAACUCCUCCUCUGGCUUUCUGGGGCAUAUAAUGUCAAGCCUCUCUGAGAUGAAAAUGCAAAAGACAGCGACUGAUACAACAGCCAAGGCUGAUCUUUCAUGUCAGGCUGCAGUGCUGGAAAAAGGAUCCGUGGAUCCUGGCUACCUGACAAACAAUUUCUCAACCUUGGAUGACACAGAGAAACAUUGUCUGCAGGGAACUGAAGCACCUGAAUCCUUGGAUUCCACACAUCUUUCUUUAUCUCCACUUCACAAUGACACUAACACAGAAGACAGCAACAAACCUCUACUGAGAACUUCUAUCACAAAUAGAAGUCAUUCACCCUAUCUGGCAACUGAGAAUGAUACAGCCAACAGUACGGCUGAAAAUGCGAUAACUACUGUGAAAGAGGAGAAUCUAGAUUACAUGCUUUGUUCAAGCAAGGAGCUUGGAAUAAUCCAUGGUUCUAUCAGUCCAUCAAAUGACACAACACAGAGCAAAAUGGCGCUAUCUGGGACCAACAGGCCAUUGCCCAGUGGGAGAGAAGAACCCAACAUGCACAGUGGCCCCCAGGCCCAGGUGUUCACACCCUCCGUGGCCAAACUUGAGAUCUCAUCUCUCCUCGGAGCCCCUCAGCCCCACCGCACCCCAAAACAGCACAUUUGCACGAUGUGUGUGAAAACCUUUUCGUCAGCGAGUGCAUUGCAGAUUCAUGAGCGGACACACACCGGAGAGAAGCCGUUCGGCUGCUCUGUCUGUGGCCGAGCUUUUACCACAAAAGGGAAUCUCAAGGUGCACAUGGGCACCCACAUGUGGAAUAACAUGCCUGCCCGGCGAGGACGACACGUGUCUAUGGAGAACUCCGUAGCCGUGCUGGGUUCAGAUGCUCUCAAGUUAACAGAGGGUUUUCAGAAGGACAUGGCCGCGAGAGCCAUGAGCGUGGACCCAGGCUUCUGGAACCACUAUGCGGCAGCUAUCACCAACAGCGUGGCUAUGAAGAGCAAUGAGAUUUCUGUCAUUCACAAUGGAGGUGCUCCCAACCACCAUGGCGUGUCUAUGGGCUUGGACAGGGUGAAUUCAGGACACAGUCCCCCAAUGACCAACUUUGGGAAAAAGAACAGUGACAGUUCAGUCAGCCAGCACUUCUCUAUGCUUAUAGACAAUAGCAAAGAAAAUUGUAUCAAUUAGACUGAAGUGAGUGGUGAUGAAAUGUGAAGGGAAUUAUGAAUCAGUUUGAAAAGCUGUUGGUGAUUGAGGUUCAUUACUGUUGAAGCAAUCAAAAUAAAAAAUGUUGGUAUGGUAAGGUUUUAUAAUUUGCUUUUCAGUAAUUGCCCUGUUUAAUAGGAUUAUUUUAAAUUUCAACUGUCUUGGAUUUAAAUUUAAGUUAACUUUGUUUUUUAAUUAUUAUUUCCAGAAUGUCGCCUUAGUACAUUCUUAAAUGUUACACUUAGAGCAUUACUAAAAAGUCGACAUUGCUGUGUGUUCUGAUUUUGGGGUUGUACACUUCCAAGUGUUUUCUUUUUUUUUUUUACUGUUUGUGCUUGUGUUAAUCUACUUCAUGCAACUGUUACAAAUGCACAUGUUUAAGCAUAAAUCAUGCCGUUGUAUUUCUCUCCUUAUGAAGAAGUCAUGAGAUGAGCUAUAACAGAAAAGCAAGUGUUGAUGCACUACCUCAUGUAUUUUAGAGACUGGUUUGUAGGGGAGCAUUUCCAUGUAGGAAAUAUCAAUCUUUUGGUAUCCACUGUAUGUAAGGGAUAAGGACUGUACAAUCAUUUUAACAAUACCAUUUUUUGUACACAUUGGAUGUUCACUGAGCCAUGCAAAUGGAAACAACAAAUUCAAAUGAAAAAAAGGGAAAGCUAACUUUAUGUUUGUCUCAAACAUUCUUGUCAACAAAAAGAUUAUGUGGCAUUUUUAUUUGAUUAAAAUGUAUCUCACACACAUA